UGAAGCAAGGCAGAGCGUUCCCGUGUGACGUCACGCUUACGUAACGGGAAGUCAGUGUGAUCCCGGAAGUAAAGAUGGCGACUGCCUACGAGAGGUUUAACCUGCACGUGACCCCUGAUAAGUUUCACAUCGAGGCCUGUGAUGAUGGCGCUAACGACGUGCUGGUCAUCGACAGGGCUUCCAUGGAGAUGACGCUCACAGGUGUUAUGAACAUCCCACCAUCAGGAGUCACCAGACCCAUCUGCGGCAUCAUGGGAACUAUUCGCCUCGUGGCUGGGAUGUACCUCAUCGUCAUCACCAGGAAGAAGAAAGUAGGCGACUUGUUCGGCCACGCGGUCUGGAAGGCCGUAGAGUUCGACCUCGUACCGUACAAGAAGACCAUCUUACACCUCUCAGAAACCCAGACGCAGGACAACAAGACGUUCCUGUCCAUGAUCAACAACGUCCUGAGCACGGACGGCUUCUACUUCUGCACCAACUACGACCUGACGCACACGCAGCAGCGCCUCGCCAACACCAGCCCCGAAUUCCAGGAGAUGAGCCUGCUCGAGCGAGCUGAUCAGAGGUUUGUGUGGAAUGGAAACCUGUUGAGAGACUUCGCAGCACAACCUGAGCUCCACAAAUUCACCUUUCCUGUCAUCCAUGGCUUUAUCGUGAUGAAGCCGUGCUGCAUUAAUGGCAAGAUAUUCCAAUGGAUCCUCAUCUCCAGGAGGAGCUGCUUCCGAGCCGGUGUGCGCUACUACGUCCGAGGGAUCGACUCGGAAGGACACGCUGCUAACUUUGUGGAGACGGAGCAGAUCGUGCAGUAUAAUAACAGCAGAGCCUCCUUUGUGCAGACUCGAGGCUCCAUGCCUUUCUUCUGGUCCCAGAGACCCAACCUGAAGUACAAGCCCAAGCCACAGAUCAGCAGCAGCACCAAUCACCUCGACGGAUUCCAGAGGCAUUUCGACUCCCAAGUCAUCAUUUACGGGAAGCAAGUGAUUCUGAAUUUGGUCAAUCAGAAGGGUUCAGAGUUGCCUCUCGAGCAGGCGUUCGCCAAAUUGGCGAACAACAUGGAUAACGGGAUCAUCAAGUACAUCGCCUUCGAUUUCCAUAAGGAGUGCAGUAAGAUGAGAUGGCAUCGCCUGCAGAUCUUGGUGGACACCGUGGCUGAGAUGCAGGAUGAAUUCGGGUACUUCAUGCUGAGCUCGGACGGGAAGGUGGUGGUGGAGCAGAGCGGAACGUUCCGCAGUAACUGCAUGGACUGCCUGGAUCGUACCAAUGUGAUUCAGAGUCUUUUGGCCAGGCGUUCUCUGCAGAGCCAGCUCCAGAGGAUGGGAGUCCUUCAUGCCGGCCAGAAGAUUGAAGAGCAAGCUGAUUUUGAGAAGAUCUACAAGAACGCCUGGGCUGACAACGCUAACGCGUGUGCUAAGCAGUACGCAGGCACUGGAGCGCUAAAGACUGACUUCACCAGGACUGGGAAGAGGACUCACUGGGGUUUGUUAAUGGACGGCUGGAAUUCCAUGAUCCGAUAUUACAAAAACAACUUCUCAGACGGCUUCCGACAGGACUCCAUUGACCUCUUCCUUGGCAACUACUCUGUGGAUGAAUCGGAGAGCCUGACACCACUUCAAGUGCAGAAAGACUGGAAAUUCCUCACGUUACCCAUCAUCAUGCUGGUGGCCUUCUCCAUGUGCAUCCUGUGCCUGCUUAUGGCUGGCGACACGUGGACCGAGACGCUAGCGUACAUCGUGUUCUGGGGCAUAGCCAGCGCUCUCACGGCUGCUGUCAUCCUCUUUAACGGGAAGGAAUUUGUCGACGCACCCAAGCUGGUCCAGAAAGAGAAGAUGGACUGAAAGUAGACCUGCACUCCUUUUUUUUUUUCCUCUCUCUCCUUCUUCUUCUUCUUCUUCUUCCUUCUCAUCUUUCUGGAGUGUGUACUGACCUGCCUGUUGUCCUGUAUCUGCAGUCUGUCUCUCUUUAUUACAGGAAAUAACCUCGAUGAACCACUUGACAUAGGGUCCAAUGAUAUUAGCACUCGACGCUUCAGUCGCAGUGGCAUUAAAGGUCCAAAAUAAUCCGAGUCCAUUCAAGUCAGUCGGGAAAAAUUUAAUAGCAGUUCGUCAACUAAAAAAGAAAGAAGGAAAUUCUUGAAAUUUCGACUUUGAAUCAUUUAAUAAUCGGGUUCGGAGUCUCUGUGAUAGUAUUGAAGCGAAUCAAAUAUGAAGGGAAUUUAGAAAAAUGAACCAAAUUGUAUGUGGGAAUUCCUUAAACAGGAUAUAAUUCCUUAAAGGUUUUUUUUUUUUUAAAUAAAAGCCUCGGUUUUCAGUAAUAUACAGGGUGUCCCUCAAGUCCAGCACCAUCGCAGGAAUAAAAAAAAAAAACGGCAAAACAUAAGCUCGAUGUCCACCAUUGUCUCAAUGAACGAAUUCCUACGUGUUGACGUAUUUGGAUGCCUCACGGUCUGUGUCUGAACGUAUGAAAAUGUGCAUCAACACUACGCUGGUGGACUGACGGUGGACAGCCUGUAUAUUAAAGAAUCAUUCAAAACGUUUCAGCGAAGUCUGUAUGAUUUUGAUAUCGAGUACAGUUCUGUAAGACCGCAGUGGACUCGGACGCUUCACACAGCACGAGCUCUUCAGUGGACCGUUUGUUAUAUUUCACAGAUUCACCGAGCAAUAUUAUUACCGUACCAAAGUCCUUUCGGUUGGCGUUCUGCUGCCUAGACGUGGGAUGUUGUAUACCGACGUCGAUUCCAACAAGAUGCACUGUGCAGUGAUGGAUUGCUCUAGAGAGCGCGUACACUCUCGGAAACAAAGGUACCAAACUUCACGUCUCCUCGUCGUCGGAGUAACACGUCACGCGGCCACUUUUAUUAAGAACGUCUGUACCCCGUGCUCAUUCAUGCAGUUAUUCAAUCAGCCCAAUCAUGUAGAAGGUGAAGACGGGGGCGGGGUGGCGGGGGGGGGGGUUGAGAAUCGACCCGGUGAUGUUUUUACAUUCUUCACGUGUACGUUUACGCCCGACGUAGUCUCAGAUUCCUGUUGUUUGCUGACAGGAGCGGAACUCGAUGUGGUUCUCUGCCGUUGUAGCCCACGUUUGGCAGGUUCGGCACGUUUGAGAUGCUUUCCUGCUCACCGAAGAGUAAAUAGGGUUUAUUUGUGUUUAAAGAGUGGUUAUUUGAGUUACUGUAGCCUUCCUCUCAGCUCAGUCUUCUGACCCUCUCUCGUCAACAAGAUGCUUCCGCCUGCAGAAAUGCCACUCACUGGAUUUUGUUGUUGUUGUUGUUGUUGUUGUUGUUUUCCGUACCACUCUAUAUAAACUCUAGAGUCUGCUGUGUGCAGGAGUGUACCGUCUUGCGCCAACACAGUUAUUCCGAUAUUUAAUAUGAACAUUAACCGAAGGUGUUUUUUUUUUGGGGGGGGGGGGGGGGGGUAUACGGUGCUGCUGCGUCAUGAUUGGCUGAUUUGGAUAUUUGCAUGAAUGAGCAGGGAUAAGUGUUCCUAAUAAAGUGUACAUGCUGUUGAUCAUUAAUCGGUCCUCACUGCUCUAGAAGCUAGCGAAAUGAACAGUUUAGUACCUUUUCAUUCUGAAGUGUAUAACCAACUCCAUGUCUCUAUAUACUCUUAGAAAGGAGAAAAAAAAAAAGAAAGGGUGCUGAAGUGUACCGUUCCUUGAUGCUGCGGUGGUACCCUUUUACCUUUUGAACCCUUUUACUGUGUAUAUUUCACCUGGAUAUAGUGUGUAUGUGUAUAUAUACAACGUUCUAGGUAAUGGAAAUACAUAUUAAAGGUACAAAGGGCAUUCAUCGGAAUACGCUUGGCAUUACCACAGCAGCAAGGAAAGGUACACUUUAGUACCCUUUCAUUUAUUUAUUUAUUUUUUGCUGAGAGUGUACAACCGGGCAAAUUUCUAUCUAAUGAUGUAUAACACUGUGUAACACUCCUCAUCAUUUACACACCUUUCCUCUUUUACCUCUUCGCUGCUUCUCUACGUCUUCUUCAGUGCUGUGUUUAUAGCUUUGCCUUUUCGUGCGUGGCAUAAGCUACGAGACAAAAGGCAUAGCUUUUACGCAGACGCUAGUUUAGUUGAGUUAGUUAGUUAGUUAGUUAGUUAGUUAGUUAGUUUUCUCAGCACUUUACUGAUGAUUUUCCGUUCAGCAGAACACGACGCUAAUAGAUUCAUGACGCACAUUCCCUGCUAACGGCUGCAGCGUCCUCCUUCGAUUUAUCGGCAAUGACCGACGGUGAUGGUGUAAUAAUUUUAUUACGUUACAGGAUUUCUUUUGUUCUUUAUUACGCUGCUUAUUUAACGACGUGGGCAAAAUUUCCAUCUCGUCUCGAAUCAUUUUGUUCUCUUUAAGGGCACUGAAAAUGAAUGUAUUCCUGUGAAGUCUAGCUUAUCUAGGAGGAUCCAAUUUGACUUGGUGUAAUGAAUGAAAUCAGUUCGGACUCCCUGACGCGCACACGCAGUUCUAGUCCGGUUUUAGUUUCGGUAAAUGCAUUUGAACACGUCACGCCUAUAUAUCCUCUGCUAGAAAUGCCGUCAGUUACACGUUUGAGCACAACGUCUUGAGACAUCCUGGUUGUUCUGGUUUGAUCUGUAAUUUGUAAAUUGUACAUUGGUAUAAUAAACGCACCACUUAUAAAUA